UGAGGAGGAAAAUGAAAGGGGAAUUAAGGUGUAGAGUGUCUGUGUGAAAUGAAGAAGGUCGGGGGAGAGAGAGCUGUGAGGAGGGAGGGAGGGAGUGUUUUCGAGGAAAUCUUGAUGAAGGAGGAGGGCACGGACACGGUGUCGUCGUUCCCCGUGGCUCGCCCACCUCCGUUGAUGAGAAUGGACCAUAAUCACGAAGACGAUCAUGCUGGAAGGGAUGGUAGUGGUUGGGAUAAUCGGUUUUGGGCGUCGUCGCCACCUGUAGGUUGUGUAUGCUCCUCCUCCUCUUCCUCGUUCGAGGGGUUCCUGACGGGUAGGAGAUCAAGGAGCAGCUCUACUUCCUCGUCGGCUAUGGGUUCCUCAUCUUCUGGGACUUCAAAUUUUCCGCUUUCGUCGUCAUCCCCCUCUGGUGGUGGGAGUAAGUCCUCCUCGUCUUCGACGCGUGUUGCUCGUCAGUUAUCUCCAUUUGUCGGUGAAGGGUUCCUUCUCCACAAUGUCACGAAAUUUGACACAUUGGCAGGAUUGGCCAUCAAGUAUGGCGUGGAGGUUGCAGAUAUUCGGCGGUGCAAUGCCCUUGUGAGUGAUGUACAGAUGUUUGCGCGAAAGGUUUUGCGGAUUCCAACACCCGGUCCAUUUCCAACGUGCGGUUCUUGUGAAGCUGCCUGUGAGCCAGGAAGCUCAAGCAAGGGGCCAUCUUCAGAGCAGGAAUCCCCGGUGCUAUCGUCUUGCGAGCCAUCAUCGUCAUCGUCAUGGCCUUUACACUGUGAAAUAGAGAGCCGGAAAGGAAGGAGGCGAGGAGCGGAGGGUAAGUCGAUGCACCGGAAAAGCAUUUCCCCGGCUAUGGGGUUGCUUAGAGGAUACUAUGGCCUGAGAAAGCAAGGAGCUUCUGAGGGGAUGGAAUUGGCUGUGUAUAAAUCUGAUAAUGAGAAUGGAUCGGAGGAUGAUGAAGGUUUGUUGUCGCCGAUGGAGAGGAGGGAUCUUCCCAUUUGGGAAUCAAAGGGACGGAACCAGAGUGGUCUCUCUGAGAGAGGAACGGAGCGCACAGGUGAGGGCGAGAUUCCGUCUGUGCCUCCGCGGAGUUCGCUUGAGGAAGGCGGGGGUGGGUUGGGGAAGGCAGAACUGGGAGGAGGGUGGCAUGCAGAGGAUACCUUUGUUGGGUUGGCAACAGCAGGUGGCCCUUCAUCGAGGAGGAGGGUGUCGCAGGCCGAUGAAGUCGUUGCAGUUGUGGAAGCCUUGUCGGAGAGAACAAGAGCCGCAAGGGAGACAGUGCGGCCUGCGGGAGCGGUGGGUUGCGUUGCGGGCUGGGAUGAGGCCGUGCAAGGGGGAAUCACAGAGAUUGUCGAUGAAAAACUUGUGCGGCGGAAAACCGUAGGGUCUUCGAAGGCAGGGUCAGUGGUCGACUCCAAAGACUCGUUCGGCGGGGGUUAUGGGGCUGCUGUGCAUGUAUCGGGAUCCGUUGCUGGGGUGAGAGAGAACGGAGAUAUUGCUAACGAGAAGGGAAGGAGAGGUUUCAUUCCGGGGAGGGGUCCGAUGCCUAGACCUAAGGCCUCUAGUGGAGAAUGGGUGGCAAGGGACGAGGGUCUUAAUCUCGGAAGUGUGAGCGGGGGCGUUGUUAGAGGGAAGGCAGGAGCAGAGGCGGCAACGAUCCUGCCUCCUCCUCUUGGAACUAUCAAUGGAUGGCAGAAUUUGGACUUGGCAGGGUUUGGCGGUGGGGGAAAGGGGGGUGAAGAAGGAGGGAGAGCAGUGGGAGGAGCUGGAGGAGGAGGAGGAGGUGGCCUUGGCUCCUUGUUGAGUGCGUCUGCUGUCGAGCAUCUAAUUAUGAAAGUGAAACGCUCUUCCAGUUUGCCCCAGAUCAAUUUUGUUGAGCAGGAUGGGGAUGCCGACAGCAGGGGGUUGCUUUCCUCUAUUGGAAAACGGCGUCUGAGUGGCGGCAACUUGUUUGGGAACUGGUCCAAUAUGGGGGGGGUUGGUAGCGGUUUGAUAGAUGCGGUAAGAGCCGUAGGUGUGAAUGGGAUCACUGGGAAUGGUGGAGGGGGGGGAGGGGUGUUGAAUGGGGCUGACUUCUUCGGAGGGAAGCCUCCGGUGUCGCGAAGGAACAAAGCUUCCGUAGAUUAGCAGUGCGGAGGAGGAGGAGGUGGCGGAGGUGAGAGGUCCGUAGAUGGAUUUGUGUGUAUGUAGGCGAAAGUUCAAAUCUCCUCGUGUGAAAGGGAAUGGCAAGAGGUGGCGUUGCAAGAUAUAUAUAUAUAUAUAUAUAUAUAUAUAUAUAAUUGUACACGCGUUGAAGAAGGGGGAGAGAAGGGGGGGGAAACGGUAGACUGGGAGGGGGGGGUGGAAAGGUGGAGGGGAAGAGUGGUGUUGGGUAAUCCGGCCGCCAAAAAAGGGUGGGGGGGGGGAGGGCACAGAGGGAGAGAGGGAGAGAGGGAGGUACACUGGUGGCUGGAGAUGUUUGAUUUGUGAACAUGAAAUAAAUAAAUGCCCCUAACUCGGGGUUUCGCCGGGACAGGAAUAAGUGCACACAGUCAGUGCACGGGUGAAUACUUCAUCGGGUAACCUUGCUUGGCAUUCGACGAAUAUCGACAGAACGCAGGGGUGGGGUGGGCACAAAGGGAAAGAGCUCAGUGGCUCUGGUGCUGAAGAUGAACAAAAGAGUACCACCCCCAAAGCGCGGAAGAGCUCAGUGGCAAUGGUGCUGGAGCUGGAGAUUAACAUAAGAGUACUUCAGAGAUCUCUGUGUUACCUUGAUGAGGAUGGACAAUGUAUAGAUCGUCUGCGUCGGUUUCACAAGCAUCGGGAGGGAAUCCCCUGCUACGGAAGGAGGGGACCAUCCAAUUGCAAAAGUCCCAACUCCUUUUCUUCUGAAUGUUUGCUCAGGACUUCACAGUCUUCUUCAAAGUGGCUGGGGUGUUCUUUCCCCACAAGAUCCGGGUUUUCCAAGCGUAGGACUGCUGAAUUUGCAGCACUCUGUGCUGCUCUUUCUCUGUCGAGUCCCGUGAGAGAAUUUGUUUGUUUGUUUGUUUCCUACAUGUGUCUGUUUUUGUUUGUCAUUGCUGCAGCAUGUUGUCGAUUACGUGAUUGAUCUGUGUCAGCGAGCAUCCCUGCGGCCAGAUUGCUUGCUAUGAGGAGUGAGCUGCUAGUGACAGGGUAGCUUGUCGCCAUCCCUCUGAGCUGAUGCAGGUGGUAGCGAUUACGGUGGAUGUGGCGGCUGCUGGUUGCGCUGUCGUUCUGUGUGAACGGGCCGUUUGGGGAUAUCGUUCUAUGCAGAAUAAGCUACUGGCAACAGGCAGGGAAGCUCGCCCCCAUCUCCCUGAGUUGAGGGAGGUCGUAGUGAGUAAGGUGGAUGUGGCGGCGGCUGCUUGCUGUGCGUUGUUGUCCGGUGUCAAAGGCCCAUUAGGGGAUAUCGUUCCGAGAUACGGUUGUGGUGGUGAUAUGCUGCUCUGCGUGGUCACUGGGAGACUCUGGAAGACAGUUUGGUAUCCGAACCGCCCCAGGGAGUCGCAAGCCAAACUGCACUCCAGGCUGAUGAACAAGAGGUGGGGGAAAGGUUGCCCUGAUGUUGUUGUGACUAAAAAUGUGUGUGUUGGUCUGAUGAUUGAUUUGAGUCGAGUAGUUGGCAGCCCCGUAGAUUGACCGGCCGCUGCUAGUCGCAGCGGUCCAGUGUUGAUAAAUUAAGAGGGGUUUGGUGGUCCCUCACGUCAGCAAUAGAAUGGAGAAGUGGUCCCAAGUGGUCCCAAGUCCCAAGUGGUCCCAAGUGGUCCCAAUUUGUCAAUCGUCUGUCGACGGCAGUCCGUGUGUCUGGUAAGAGGGAUACCGCAGAGGGAAAAGGAGUUUCAUCAUGGCAGAACCGCCGGAUUCCAGGACUCCAACAUGCUAAUCUUUGAAACGCUGUGUGGCGCUGACCAAGCAAUACUUGGGAGGUUUUUUUUUUGCUGUAAAUUAUGCCUGGUGUGGAGAGGGAGGAGUAUUUUCUCCGCUCUUUCAUCAGGAGAGGUUGUCACUGCAAUUUAGUGGCCAUAAUUCAGGUAUGGUUGUUCUGAA